AUGGCUUCGGUUUUCUGCGACUCGCCCCACAGCGACCAAACGGAGCACAGGUGCGAAGAGCCCAGCGUGCUCGCAGAGCUGGGCUUCGACGAGGCCAACCCGUUGGCGCAGCCCCAAUUGGAGCCCAUGGAUACCGAGCCAACAGAUUUCGAGCUGAGUCAACAGGCAUUCUGCCACGUGCAAGCAACUGCGGGGAUGGCGGACGACAGGCAUGCAAACCCCCUGGAAUUCGCCGAGAGGGUCGACCAGGCGCAAAACGGCGACGGCGCUCCAGAGCACGAACUCCAGCGCUGUUUGCGGACAGGGCCUCCGCAGAGGGCGCAGGGUUGCUGCGACUUCGCCGCCGCUGCCACCGACCCAGAAGUUGAACAAAUCGGCGAAAUUGUUCAGUACGAGGAAGUUGAGGAAGGGUCUGCGGGGUGGGAUGAACGCGCGGAAUAUGCGCGGUGCUCCGCGGAUCAAGCGCAGAUCCUCAGCUCGAAUGUCCUGGAGACGCGGGGCGGGGAAGCUCACAAUGCCGUUCGGGAAGCCCGCGGGGAUGCCGCGGACCAAUUGGGAACGCCACCACCGGGUGCCCAAUUGGCGGCCACAUCGCAGCAACCGGUGGCCAUUGGGCUCCUCAAACAGGGGUUGCCGGGUGGAGAAGCCAGGCCCUCGAGGGGGGCCGUCGACCUGUGCGUUUGGAAGUGCUUUCUGGACCCCGUUGCCGUCUGGGACGCGCUGGCCGACGUCUCCCGACGCCCGCGGGGCCGCGUGGCGAAGGGCUUUCCCAUGGUGGCGCCCGCGGCGGGAUUCUUCUACGGCCCGACGGAGGGGUGCCUGAACGGCGCUGGCAGCAAGCCCGGCGGCUGGAAGAGCGGCAGCGUUAAGCCGGCCGACGGCGGCAGGGGAAUCGUUAUCAUAAACUUGCGGCACAGCGGCUACCGGUGGGAUCGCCGGGGUCGCGCCGUGCUGGGCUCUGAGUUCGCACCGACGGCGGAGGCGAUGCGCAUGCAGAAGGUGAUGAGGGUGAGUAAGAGCGCGCCCGGGGGCGAGGAGGGGUGGGAGCGGGCCACCGUGCGCGCACCGGGCUGGGCGAGCACGGACGUCGAGAGGAGGGAAGGCGUGGAAGUUUACUACGACGCCAGGGUGUGCCUUUUCGUUUUCAGGGACAUCUUCUACAAAGGCUUCGAGUGA